CUUGCUCACACGAUAUUGUCUAAGACUUGCCGGCCCUGGCCCUAACCACUUCUCUAGAGAGGUAGUGACCGCACUGUGAUCUUCCUUUGGUAGGUUAUGCGCCUAGCUAGGACUAAGCAUUUCUUCAAGGAUCGUUGCAUUUCUGCAGCGUUUCUGGACUGGGAACUGCAAGCAUUGUGAUUAGAUCAUUGUCAUUGUAUCAGUUGUUGCAAGAGCCUCGUCAUUUUGUACAUUUGCUGCUUCAGGAAUUUGGUGAUCCCUUGGUUAUAACCGAGCAAGCAUUUGUUUGAUUCCAGUAGUGCGAUUCUGUUUUAAACCUGCUGAAUCUCGAGUUUUCAGGAUGUCAAAUGACGAUGAGAAACCCAUGGUCGGGUCAUACCGACCUAAGAGCCGUCGCUGUUGUGUUGUGUCUGUUUUAAGUGUAUCCUUAGUUCUCAUUCUCGUCCUCUGCAUCGCAAUUCCCCUAGGAGUAAAAAAUUCGAAAAAUGAUGACGGCGAUAAUGGCGUGAAUGUUGCUUGCCAAGCGACGGAGUACCCUGAGGCUUGUAGGGAAUCCGUUGCAGGGUCCGAUGGCACUCCCGUUGGAAUGUCGAGGUCAUCGGUUAAAUCUUCCACUGACGAACUCAGUUACCUUCAAGCUAAUACGACUGACGAGCAAUGCAAGGAGAUUCUCGCUGACGGAGUUGCUGCUUUUCAGCGGGUGCUUGUCGCGCUGGAAACCACAAAUCACACACUGGUUGAGGAGACUUGCGCGGAUGUUCAAACAGACUUGAGUGCGGUGCUGACGUAUGUGGAUACUUGCAAGGAAAUGAUGCAGGAGUCUGGUUCGGCCGAGUUUCACUCAUUCGUGCAACGGGCUUUAAAAUCAGAGCAGUUUACUGGCAACUCGCUUGCGUUGAUCAACGGUAUAUGUCUGUAUGGUGGGAAUCUGAAAAACUGGGCGGGAAAGAAUUUUGGUGUGAGCAUGCCAGAUCUCGAUCAAUUUUACGGUGGCGGGCCAAGCCGUCGUCUUAUGAACGCAGAUCCCUAUAACGAUGAGGGUGAGGAAAUCCAACUUCCGAGCUGGAUGGACAGCGCCACUAGCAGGCACCUCCUCACACGUCCUGCUUCUUACAAUGUGAUUGUGGCUAAGGAUGGAUCUGGAAAGUAUAGGACGGUUGGAGAAGCUAUCAUGAAGGCGCCGAAGACUGGGGAUAAGUAUGCGAAGCGGUAUGUUAUCUAUGUGAAGGCGGGAGUUUACGACGAGCAGAUCAUCAUCCCUAAGAAGCUCACCAACUUGAUGAUCAUCGGAGACGGCAUCGACAAGACCAUCUUCACUGGGAGUAGGAACGUCGCGCUGAUGAAGGGAAUGACUACAUACUUGUCUGGAACUAUGAUUGUGCAAGGAGAUGGGUUCGUCGGAAGGUUGUUCACCUGCCGAAAUACUGCCGGAGCCAGUGGACACCAGGCUGUAGCGACGCGUGUGACCGCAGACAAGGUCGCCUUCCACCGGGUAAAAUUCGACGGAUUCCAAGACACCCUCUACUGCCACGCAUUACGUCAAUUCUAUCGCGAUUGCGUUGUCAUUGGCACGGUCGACUUCAUUUUCGGGAACGCGAAUGCUGUUUUCCAGAACUGCCAGAUCAUUGCGAGGAAGACUACGUUGCGGGGCCAGCAAAACACAUACACGGCCCAGGGAAGAGUCAACAAGUACCAGAACACUGGCCUUGCAUUCCAGGACUGCAAUUUUGACGGCACGGCCGAUUUGAAGCGCAAUGUGCAGUACUAUCCGACGUACCUCGGCCGCCCCUGGAAGGCUUACUCCGUCUGUGUCCUCCUGAGACCCACUAUUCAGGCACACUUGGAUCCUGCCGGAUGGCUCCCAUGGAAUACCACCAACUUCGGCCUGUACACUUCCUUCUUUGCUGAGUACAAGGGCAAGGGCCCGGGAUCGAACAGGCGCUCUAGGGUGAAGUGGUCACACGAAAUCAAGAACCCCAGAGUCGCGAACAGGUACCAGGCAGCUAGUUUCAUCAAUGGCAAGAGUUGGAUCACAAAUAUCGGCAUGCCCUACACACUUCAACCUGUGUAAACCUGGGCGCCUGUUCUAGCUGUUUCAUUAUUUGGAAUGCUUCUGAUUAGAGAGAUCCGUUCGAGUUAGACUGUAAAUCGAUGGCCCCUACUGCCAAGAAAGAAAGCGUGGAUCAAACCCAUGAUGGUAGAUCCGGAAAAUAAACUGUCGGUUUGUUAACCGAACGGAGUCCUCUGCAAAGUCGAGGUUACUUCCCAUUGUUUGCAAAACGCUCAAGAUUUUAGUACCCAUUCUUUGAGGCACCAGAAUGGUCCCUCCGUUUUAUUGUUACAUCUCUUUCGCAUCGCUGGACCUAUUCAGAAUUCAGUGCUUGUUACCACACUA